AUGGCGUCGGCUGGCGAGGGGACGGGCAUCAUCAUCCACGCGCGGCCGCUGCAGGACGCGGCGUCGGCCGGCGGCGGCGGCGGGGGGUCGUACACGGCGGUGUUCGUGGUGCUGGGCGUGAUCGCGGCGCUGAUCGUCAUCUCCUGCCUCGUCGGCCAGGUGUGCACCAAGAGGCACCUGCGCGCGCGCCCGCGCAGGGACCGCGUCGCCUACUACGACGACGACCUCGAGGGCGGCGGGUACGGCCACGGCCACGGCGUCGCCAAGAUGGAGGUUGCCGCGCCGGCCACGGUGACCGCGGUGGUGCCGGCCGCGGCGCCCGUGGCGUCCGUGGAGAUGCGGCAGGUGGCUUGA